AUGUCGAUCACAGAUCUGCCUUUAGAGCUGUUGACUCGUAUUUGUGAGCAUGUAGAGCCUCAAGAAUGGGGCGCACUCCGGAUCACUUGCCGCCAAAUAUAUGACCACACACUGGAAGCCUAUGCAACGCGAUAUUUCAAAAGAGUCACACUUCUUCUCACCCGUGAAGGUCUUGAUCGCUUGGAGCAUGUUGCAUCUAGUGAAAUCUUUCGUCGCUCAGUCGAAGAAAUUUGGAUCAUUCCGAACUUGUUCGAUCACUGGGCAGGCUUGGAUAAGGCAGAUUUUACAAAGGUAAAUAACAUGAAAUGGGUGUUGAGAUUGGGACGUCCUCCGACAGUAGAAGAAAAAAAUGAAGAUCAGGCUGCGCUCGAGGCUCUAUUCGCCGUCUUCGAAGCUACAAUGGUAGAACAUCGUGCCAUUCUUGAAUCUCCGGGACUAUUGGGUCGCCUUGAAAAAUGCCUACCGCGUCUUGAGAACGCUAUCACCCUUGGGCUACGGCGUUAUGACACAAGGUUCCUCCUUAAUACAGCGAGGAACACUGACUUUACUUGUCUGGGCUUACAAGCAUUGAAGAGUCAUUUCAACUUCAAGAUUGUUCCAAUGCAUAUUCAGACCCUAUCGCAUAUACCUUACAGUUUGGUAUUCUCACAACUACUUAACGCCGUAAUCAAAUCCAGUCGAAAAGUCAAAUCUCUCCACACAUGCGGCCAUAACUUUUGCGGCAUGGCGUUAGAAUCCUUUCAACUGCCAGAGUCACAGGAUCAAUCGCUGCUUCCACUCUUGAAGGAUCUGACGACUUUGCAUAUUUGUAUUCGCCUCAGAGAUCACGAACAAGAAAAUCUCGACGAAAACACGUUUAAUCGUCUUCUUAAUAUCAUGUUCACGGCUUCACCGACGUUGAAGACCCUACACUUUGCUCAAUGGAGCCCCAUAGAAGAACUAUCCCCUCUCUAUUUCAAGAAUGUGUCUCGAAGAAUUCAAUUCACCCAACUAGAGGAACUUCAUCUUCAUUCAAUUGAAGUGACAGUGAAUAGCCUCGAGGAAUUUCUACGGAAAGCAGCUCCAACGUUAAAACGCCUGAGUCUGCGAUUAGUCAGCUUAGUUGAUGGGAUAGCAUCAGCACCCGAUCUAGGGCCCCUGACUCAAAACACCAGUAGUUGGGUCACUUCAAUGUCUACGGAGGCUAAAAACGAGAUACAGGGGCUCUGGAAGCGUGUAUUCGAAUUCUGGGCAGAUCACCUCAGCCUGCAAUAUGUUGAACUGUCCGUGCUUGGGUACCGGGGGAGAUCCAUAACAUUGCAUGACAACUUUUAUAUGGAACGUGGACAACAGGGCGCAGAGAGUUGUCCUGGCGUCAAUCCCGCGAGUUUCUAUUUUGAUGCUGAGAAGGCGAACAUACCUUUCAACGAAUGGGUCACGCAGCUUCAGAUUGAGAUAGUGCAUCAGCCAUCUAGUGGUGGACCAAAGCUUCCAGGGACCAGCAAAAUCCACUUGCGUGACCCAAGACAGGACUUUAGUGGGCAGUUUACUAUAGCAUGUAAUCCAUCACUUAUGAGCAGAACAUCAAUAGGUUAG